AUCUCGUUCUCGUUAUCUCCUUUUGUUGAAUGUUGAAUGUAUUGCUUCUAGUUUCAGUUAAUUAGAUUUGUUUACAAACAAAUUAAAAUUAUUAUUUUAUUACAGUAGUUGUAGCAGUAUCAUCACUAUGAUCAGUACCAAUACCACAGAAGGCAAUAGAGAGACAAACAGAUAAGAAUUAACAAGAAAAUAAACAAAUUCAAACCAUCAAAGUUUAUUUAGAUUUGUUGCAGCAGAAAAACUUUAGCACUAUUGUUUUCAGAAGUGGCAAUAGACUAUCCUAGGCAUAAGAAAAGAAACUGGAACAUAUUAUUUUUAAUGCUUUAAUAUUGAAACACAAUUCAAGAACCACAAGAAAAUUGAACAAAAAAGACAAGCAGAUAAAAGGCAAAUUCCACUCCUAUACUACACUUCCAACACAUCUGUAUCAAGAUUUGAGCAAGAGUGAUGAGAGCCCUGUGUAACUAUUGGACCAUUUAACAAAUACUUCAAACAAGAGAAGUAUUAACAUAAACAUUAAAAGCAUACUGACUAUAGUUGAUUCAUGUAGGCUAGUUAGUUACUAAGUUAUCUGACAAGAUCAAAAAGUUAGAUGGUGAAAGGUAAAAAAUGUUAAAUAACAUUAAACAGCUCCCUUAUAAAUGUCUAUUAUGUACAACAGUCUUCUCAUCUCAGUGGAAAAUGAGAAAUCAUAUAUUAGAGCAUACAGGUGAGCGCCCCUUUAAAUGUUUAAUAUGUGAGAAAACCUUUAUACAAAUAGAUCAAGCAAAACGUCAUUUGUUGACACACUCUGGGGAGAGCCCUUAUAAGUGCAUUAUAUGUGGAAAGUCCUUCAAAGCCAAAAACAUAUUGAAGAGACAUGCAUUAGUUCACUCUAGAAAACGUUUCCAUUGCAAUACAUGUGGAAAGUCCUUUACAACCAAAAGCAAUAUGAAGGCACAUGCAUUGCUUCAUACUGGGGAGCAACCUUAUAAGUGCAAUACAUGUGGAAAGUUCUUCAAAACCAAAAGGUAUAUGAAGGAACAUGCAUUGGUUCAUACUAGGGAGCAAUCUUAUAACUGCAAUACAUGUGGAAAGUCCUUUACGAACAAAGGCAGCAUGAGGAGACAUGCAUUGGUUCAUACUGGGGAGCAACCUUAUAAGUGUUCUACAUGUGGAAAGUCCUUCACAGACAAACGACGUAAGAAAGAACAUGCGUUGGUUCAUACUGGAGAGCAACCUAAGUGCACUACAUGCAGGAAAUCUUUCUCAUCCAAAUACGCAUUGAUGCUACAUACAUUGAUACAUACUGGGGAGCGACCUUAUAAGUGUGCUACAUGUGGAAAGUCCUUCAAAGACAAAGUAACUAUGAAGAGACAUACAUUGAUACAUACUGGGGAGCGACCUUAUAAGUGUGCUACAUGUGGAAAGUCCUUCAAAUACAAAUGCUAUAUGAAGAGACAUACAUUUGUUCAUACUGGAGAGCUGCCUCAUAAGUGCACUACAUGCAGGAAAACCUUCUUAACCAAUUACGCAUUGAUGAGACACACAUUGAUACAUACUGGGGAGCGACCUUAUAAGUGUGCUACAUGUGGAAAGUCCUUCAAACACAAAUGCUAUAUGAAGAGACAUACAUUUGUUCAUACUGGAGAGCUGCCUCAUAAGUGCACUACAUGCAGGAAAACCUUCUCAACCAAGUUUGCAUUGAUGAGACAUACAUUGAUACAUACUGGGGAGCGACCUUAUAAGUGUGCUACAUGUGGAAAGUCCUUCAAAGACAAAGAACAUAUAAAGAGACAUACAUUGGUUCAUACUAGACAGCUCAAUUAUUAGUUAAGGACUUGUGUAAAAUCUAUCACAUAAGCCUAUAAAAUAAACGGUAUCAGCAU